CUGUCUGGUUGACCGUAGUAACAUUCAGGUCCUCACAUCUCCUGUUGCCACUAAGGGUAAAGUGAGUUGUCCCUUCCAAGUUCCGCCGUGUUAUAAUUUAACGGUUAACCCCCAGCCUCUGAAAGAUGACCCUGACAGGCGUGACGAAGUCAACCAAAGCCUUCGAGGGACAAAAACCUGGUACCAGUGGGCUGCGGAAGGCUGUCAAAGUAUUUCAGCAGGAGAACUACACAGAAAACUUUGUGCAAUGUAUCCUAAGUGCAAUGGAAGGAGCUUUGCAUGGGAGCACACUGGUCGUUGGAGGUGACGGGCGAUUCUUCGGAAAAGAAGCGGUGGCCAUCAUUAUCAAAAUGUGUGCAGCUAAUGGCGUACGUAAACUGUUAGUAGGUCAGGAUGGCAUCCUCUCGACCCCGUGUGUGUCCUGCAUCAUCCGCAAGUACAAAACUGCCGGAGGAAUCGUUCUUACAGCCAGCCACAACCCCGGUGGCCCUAAUGCCGACUUCGGCAUCAAAUUUAAUAUCUCCAAUGGAGGUCCUGCACCCGAUGGUGUUACAAAUAAGAUAUAUGGUCUUUCCCAGUCUAUCAGCGAGUACAAAAUAUGCCCAGAUCUCCAGUGUGACAUUUCCAAGAUCGGCACCCAGGAAUACACUGUUGAUGGUAAUCCAUUCACAGUAGAAAUAGUUGAUUCUGUCAAAGAUUAUGUGGAGUAUAUGAAAGAAAUCUUUGACUUUGGAGCCAUCAAAGAUCUGCUUCAUGGAGCAGGUGGUCAGCCACCUCUUAAAGUUCUCAUCAAUGCUAUGCAUGGUGUCACUGGUCCAUAUGUCAGACGAAUUUUCCUUGAAGAACUUGGAGCGAGCGAAGACUGUGCCGUGAACAUUGUCCCACUUGAGGACUUUGGAGGUCACCAUCCAGAUCCAAACCUUACCUAUGCAGCAGACUUGGUGAAUGCUUUAAAAGCUGGGGAUUAUGGUUUUGGCGCAGCUUUUGAUGGAGAUGGUGAUCGUAAUAUGAUUUUGGGACACAAAGCUUUCUUCGUGACGCCCUCCGAUUCCGUAGCUGUCAUUGCUGAUAACACGGAUUGCAUUCCAUACUUCAAGAAGAAUGGUGUAAAAGGCCUUGCCCGCAGCAUGCCCACCGGCUGCUCCAUUGAUAGAGUAGCAGCAAAGAAGAACGUAGAGGUCUUUGAAGUUCCAACUGGUUGGAAGUACUUUGGAAAUCUGAUGGAUGCUGGCAGACUCUCAAUUUGUGGUGAAGAAAGUUUUGGAACGGGAAGUGACCAUAUCCGAGAGAAGGACGGCAUCUGGGCAGUAUUAGCAUGGCUCUCAAUCCUUGCAGUUAAGAAGACAACCGUAGAGAAGGCUUUGCACAAUCACUGGCAGACUUAUGGACGAAACUUCUUCACAAGAUACGAUUAUGAGAAUUGUGAAGCAGACCCUUGCAAUGCCAUGAUGGCAGAACUGGAUGCUCUGUCAAAUGAUUCGUCCAUGAUUGGAAAGGAGCUGUCACAUGGAAACAAGACUUACAAGGUUGCCAAAGUGGACAACUUCGAAUACACAGACCCUAUUGAUGGGGCUGUUGCCAAAAAGCAGGGGGUGCGGAUCUUGAUGAGUGAUGGGUCCAGAGUCGUUUUCAGGUUAAGCGGCACAGGCAGUUCUGGUGCAACUGUCCGGCUGUACCAUUGAAAGCUACGAGUCGGACCAAGCACCUAUGGCAACAAAGAUGCUCAGG